ACGCCAGGCGCCGCGACGCUAUGACGUCACUGGUCCGCGCUUCAACGACCAACGUACUCCGCCAGUGGUGAGAGAACUCAUGAAUGAAAUCCUUACUCACCGUCAAGUCGCCGGAUAGAGUCCUCGUGAAGGAACGCGCCUCCAACGUUCGCAGGAUCGCGCGUCGACGGGACGUCCUUGAUCCUCGCCCGGUUCGCUUCGCGAAUAACGGGGACCAGUUGGAGGCCAGUUGGUUCGCCAGCCGUUGGUCGGCGCAGCAUCUCUUCGUUAAUCGUGUCAACUUGCGUGUGAAAAAGCAAUAUCAUCGAAAAGAAAAUCUACGUGGGAGGCAUAUCAACGAAUUGACUCCGUAGGAAUAAGACGAUACGAGUGAUCCCGCGUUGUAAUUAAAUCGAUUAAAUACGCACUCUCCCCGGAGGAAAUUAAAUCAAAUUCCAUCGUUCGCGAUUCGAUCCUCCCGUUCUCGAGAUCGAAGAAAGUUUCGCGCCUUCCUGCAAAACACAUCUCCAAAUUGAAAUCCACAGGCGAACUUCUCUCGAGACGGAGGGCGACCGGCUCGGCUCAACGGGGGAGAAAGUUACAAACAGGAAACUUAUCCGGUGAAAUCUGAUAGGGCAUCUUCGCGAUCUCAAAGGAGGAGCCGAAGAACCCGCGUUUGAGGGAAGACUCACGCUUCGCGUUUCUAGAAACUUCUUCGUGCGAAUUCUUUCUUCGUUUCUUCCGUGCCGGUGGUGACGCUGUCAUUUCCGGUCCCUCGAACAAUCACUGAGAUUCAAACUUUAUCUUUGAUCCGUCAACCGCGAUUCGGAAUCGGGAGAUGCGAACUGGACGGUGAGAUUUUUUAAUCAGAGAGAGAGAGAGAGAGAGAGAGAAAGAGUUUUUCUCACAACGUGAGGCAAAAAGGUCGGCGAUUCAACUGUUCAAGAAAUCGCACACGCGUUAGGUUAACGCACAGCACGAGGCUACGAAGAUGGGUAAGAAGAACAGCAAGCUCAAGCAGGAUACCAUCGAUCGACUCACCACCGACACGUACUUCACCGAAAAGGAGAUUCGUCAAUGGCACAAAGGAUUCUUAAAAGAUUGCCCCGAUGGAUUGCUAACAGAACAGGGGUUUAUAAAGAUCUACAAGCAGUUCUUCCCGCAGGGUGACCCGUCGAAGUUCGCCUCCCUUGUCUUCAGAGUUUUCGACGAGAACGCCGACGGUACGAUAGAAUUCGAGGAGUUCAUAAGGGCGCUCUCGGUGACGUCACGCGGCAACCUGGACGAAAAGCUUCACUGGGCCUUUCGUUUGUACGAUGUGGACAACGACGGCUUCAUCACGAGGGACGAAAUGUACAAUAUAGUCGACGCGAUAUAUCAGAUGGUGGGACAGCAGCCGCAAGCCGAGGACGAGAACACCCCGCAGAAGAGGGUCGAUAAAAUCUUCGACCAGAUGGACAAGAACCACGAUGACAAGCUCACACUCGAGGAGUUUCGGGAGGGUAGCAAGGCCGAUCCCAGGAUCGUUCAGGCGUUGUCCCUGGGCGGCGAGUAACCCUCAUUCCCAUCACGGACGGCACACGACCCUUCGGAAUCGGAAGUCUCCACGCCGUCGUCGUUAUCGUAAUUAUCGGCGCGAGCUGGGCGAACCGCUCGUCCCGAUAAUCGGCCGAUGAGAAACAACCCUGAGAAAAGGCAAGUUCACAUCCGCGCGGUUUGGCAUGCACGUAUAAUAGAAUAGGUAAUAACGCGAGCGUGAAAGGCAUUCGAGAUGUAGAGAUUUGCGACUAUUUUUGAAGAAAUCUCUCGUCAAAGAAUUAUAAUUCUCUCUCUAUCUCUCACUUUUUUUCUACUUUCUAUCUCUCUCUCUCUUUUUAUCUCGCUCUCGGAGAAGAUCGGUUCUCGUUCCCCGUUGGUGAAUCGAUCCCUCCGUCUUCAUUAAUGCUCCGAUUUCGAGAAUCUCGGUGCUAAUAAAUAGAUGUUUAGCGUUCAAAUAAUCGUAGCUUUCAAGGAGACUGGACGUGACAAAUUACAUUCUUAACUAGAGAGCAUGCAGGACUUCGAUAUGAACAAAUUAUUAGAGUACGAACGAUGAAGAUAUAUAAAUUACGAGAGGGUAGGAGCAUUCGCUCUCGCCUCGAAAGAAAUUUCUUUUGUCGCGUUAUUCCUUCUCUGCAUUUUCCUUAUUCCGUCGACAAAGCAACGUCACGGUAAUAAGAUAACGAGUAAAAUUCAGAGAAGACACUCAACGAGCGCGACGCUCGAAUUUCAACGAAGCUCACCGGCGUUAUUUCCGAUUAUUGCAGCGCGGUUCUAGAUUCGGUAAAAAAAAAAAAAAAAAAAAAAAAAAAAAAAAAA